AUGACCACUAUGGCCACCGCGGCUGCUCAGGCUCUGCUCCCGGCGGCUGCGCUCGGGCACCACCCGGCUCCGAGCUCCGUGUCCCCGGCCACCAGCUCCCCGCCGCCCGCCGCCUCCUCCCCGGCUCCUCCGCUGGCUCACCCGGCGCUGCUGCACCAGUUCCGGGCAGACCUCCUGCUGGCGACCGGCGCCGGGCUCCAGCCCUGCGGAGCCCCGGGGUCCGGCGGCGCCAAGCCGGUGUACGCCACCCCGUCGCCCGUGGAGAGCACGCCGCAGAACAACGAGUGCAAGCUGGUGGAGGUGAAGGGGGCCAAGCUGGCCUCGUUCACGGUGAAGGACACGGAGCUCAUCUGCCUGCCCCAGGCGUUCGACGUGUUCCUCAAGCACCUGGUGGGGGGGCUGCACACCGUGUACACCAAGCUCAAGCGCCUGGACAUCUCCCCGGUGGUCUGCAACGUGGAGCAGGUCCGGGUGCUCCGGGGGCUCGGGGCCAUCCAGCCCGGGGUGAACCGCUGCAAGCUCAUCUCCAGGCAGGACUUCGAGACCCUGUACAGCGACUGCACCAACGCCAGCUCGAGGCCGGGACGACCGCCCAAGAGGCUGCAGAGUGUGACAGAGGGCGGAACCCACCACAUGCUGUCCCACAGCGGUCUGAUCCACGCUGGGAUCAUGCCUCCUGCAGAUCUGUCUGCCCUGGCCAAGAAGAUCAAGCUGGAGGCGAUGGCCAGUUACCACAGUAACCACCAACAUGGCGGGCACAACGGCGAGAACGGUGACCACAACCUCGUUCUGGAUCAGUUGCCCUUCAUGAUGAUGUCACAUCCCAUGAUCCCUGCCAGCCUGGCGCCGGCCUCCGUUUCCAUGGCGAUGGGCCAGAUGAACCGAUUGAGCGCACUGGCCAGCAUGGCCAACGUGGCACAUCUUCAUGCCAACUCCCAUGCCAGGGCUCCCACCUCCGUCAUUAAGGAACGAGUGCGUGACAGCCCCUCGCCCUCUCCCUCUCUGGAGGAAGCCCAGAUGUCGUCCAAUCACAGCAGCAGCGUGUCCAGUUCCCCGUCUCACAUAGAACGCGUCGCAGAAACCACACACUCGCACCAUGACGGCCUGUCAUCGAGUCACAGUGUGUUAGGACACUCUCCUGGUGUGGUGCAGGGAUCCAGGGAGACAGAUGGGACUCCGGUGGAAUACAGCAAGGAGAGCAAGAGGAGCCACAGCGACAGAGAUAACAGCUCCAUGGCCACUCCGACAACAAGGGAGAGCUGUGAUAGACAAGUCUACCAGAAACCCCCAUCAGGCAGGGAGGGCUGCGAGAGGGUAUCUUACCCUGCAGGACAGAAGCUCCCAGCAGGUCUCCACCACGCUCCCUUCAUCUUCCCCGAAGGCCUGUCCUCCAUAGAGACCCUGCUCACCAACAUCCAGCAGGGUCUGCUGAGGGUUGCCAUAGAGAACGCCCGGGCGCAGGAGAAGCAGGACCAGCUGGAGAGGACGGAGCUGAAGCUGGAGCUGGUCCGGGAGCGGGAGCUCAGAGAGACCUUGGAGCGGCAGCUUAGCAUCGAACAGAAAAACAGAGUUCUGAUCCAGAAGCGCCUGAAGAAGGAAAAGAGAAGUAAGAGGAGACUACAGGAAGCUCUGGAGGAGGAGGUCAAACUCCGAGAUCAGGCCGAGCACAGCCUCCUGCACACUGCCAACACACACACAGGCCAUCAAUCAUCGGCGGCGCCUCCUCACACAGAACCCGUGACCCAGGACGUGGAUGGGAGCAACCACGACGACAACAGGCUGGACACCAAGGCAACAGUACAAGAUGGCAGAGUGUUCCUGCAGACCACUGGGAUGUACUGAAGCUGGAAUGGACGGAUGGAUGAAUGGAUGGAUGGAUGGAUGGAUGAAUGAAUGAAUGAAUGAAUGGAAGGAUAGAUGGAUGGAUGGAUGGAUGGAUGGAAGUGCGACGAAGAUUCCUCCUUCAUGAGACCUACAAUCGACAGGCAUGCUCAGUGGCAUCUGAGAUUCAUGUCUCUACGUUGACUCCCCGACAUUUCAACGGUGACAUUUGAACUUUCCCAUUGUUCUCUCGUUUUAAUUUAUUGCAGUUAUCACCAAAUCUUGGCCGUAGUGGGAACAGUACUUUAUUCCGAUGAUGUGUUUCACUGUGUUUCUUUCGAUCGAGGUUUUUAGAUCCUAGAUGAAGACAACCAUAGUUGUUUUUUUGUCAGUGCUGUUUAUCUGGACACAAGUGCUGGACGAGUAUUACUUGUAACAGAGUCGUGUACAUAUAUAGUCAUCAUCUUUGUUAUUAUUAUCAUCAAAAAAAGACAUAAAGGCAUGGUGUACAGUCAGUUAAUGACUUGUAUGUAUUGUGUAUGUUAUGCAGUAGUGCAGUUUGACAAUACAAACAAUACAAAUCCUUUUUAUUAAA